ACAGUAGAGCCCUGUAAACCUCAGGCUAUGACAGCAGGAUCCUGAAGCCCAUGCAGGCUCUGAACCACACGGCCAUCCGGAAGAGGCUGCGGGCACCUGCCACUACCGCAGGGAACUGAGGGGUCUUGGUCCAGCAGGGACCCCAGGGCCUCGGAGCACUGUGUGAGCCGGAAACGUGACUGGCCAGAUGGGCAGCGCCAUGGAGCCCCCUGGGAGUGCAUACCUGCACCUGGGCGCCGUGACGUCCCCUGUGGGCACAGCCCGCGUGCUGCAGCUGGCCUUUGGCUGCACCACCUUCAGCCUGGUGGCCCACCGGGGUGGCUUCACGGGCGUCCAGGGCACCUUCUGCAUGGCUGCCUGGGGUUUCUGCUUUGCUGUCUCCGCACUGGUGGUGACCUGUGAGUUCACACGGCUCCACGGCUGCCUGCGGCUCUCCUGGGGCAACUUCACCGCCGCCUUCGCCAUGCUGGCCACCCUGCUGUGCGCCACGGCUGCGGUCCUGUACCCGCUUCAUUUCCUCUGCGGAGCCUCUACCCCUGCGGUGGCUGCGGGACCCCUCGCCGCUCAGGCUAGGGGAUCCGGAGCAGUUAGCGGGCCAGGGCCAAAGGACAGCAAAGUGGAAAGCCGGGUGGGCACCUGGCUGCGGGAGGAGCGGUCAGGCUGGCACUGCCCUCCUAACUUGCUUUGA